AUGGCGUCCGGCACCGGCCGCAACCGGAGGGAGCGCACUUUUGUAGGAAGUGAAUGCGCCGUCUGCGAGGAGCCUUUGGAGCAUACGUUGCAGGGAGAGCGCAUUCUGCAAUUCUCCUGCUCGCACGUCUCGCACGAGGCUUGUUUCUACGAGUUCAUCCGCGAAUUCGAAGCGCAGUACUGCCCAUCAUGCGAUGCGCCGCUACAUCUCGACACUAGCCGAGGCGGCAAUGUCUUGGACAUCGAGAAGAUCAGCAGCCUCGUCAAGUCUAGCCACUCUACUGACAAUAGAUCAAAUCACACUCCUACGCCUACCGCCACGCCAUGGGAAAACCCGACGCCGCGACCGACAAGCAUCGAGUCGAACCAGAGGAACAUGCCCAGUACCCACACGCGCGAAAGCGCGCCUCGGAGCACUGGGCGCGAUAGGGAAAGCAGUCAACCGCCAACGUCGGAUCGAUACGGCCCUUCAAGGCAUGCUCGCAGCGACAGCGAGGCCACGGGCGUCGCAUCGUCUGGAGGCUACCCCGAGACGACACAGAGCGGACCCCCGCGCAGGCACGACUACGACGUCCAGGCGAUGGAAACAACGCCGGGGAGCCCGCGCGGCAUUACCAGAAAUCCGAUCCCGGCGCCGACUGUGACUGUUCGAUCCGAGUUCCCCACCAUCAACAGGUCUCGCCAGCAGCAGACCCUAACCUGUCUUAUCACUGUGGAAGUGCCCGAUAAUAAAUGGCGGCCCGACCCCGAAGAUCUCGGGUCAGCCCCGCCUGGCCCGUCCGCCGUGAAUGCCAGAAUCGACGAUGCGUUUGCGAGGCCGCCAUCACCGGCCCGGAGCGCGCCGCGGUUCUAUCCGUACGAGUCUCGGGAGGUGUUGGAGGAAAUGACGGAGAACCUCCGAAACCGGGUGGACAACUGGCACGGGCUCGACUUCAGCAGGUUUGGCAAAUUGCGGCUGUACGGCACGCUCCGCGUCGGCAAGGACAAGCAAUCGUGGCAGGAGCUGGAGUGCUUCCUGUUCGCCGAAAUGUUGAUCUGCGUGAAGGAGAAGAAGGUGCCCCUCGCAGGACAGUGGGAUGAGAAUGGCAUGCCCAAGAAAGCCACACGUUGCACGCUGAAAGGAUCGAUUCUCAUCAAGAAACACCUCAACGAGGUCUCGGAAACGGGCAGCAUCGAUGAGAACGUCCUGACACUGAACCUUUCUGUGGCGGAGCUGCCCCAGUUCCACCUGCGAUUUGAGAAUCGUAAUCAACUCAAGCUUUGGCAUCAGGCCCUGCUUGACUUGAACGCCGUUGAAACGUCUCCUUUGCGCAGCCCGGAGUACGACCGGGGCGAGUUUUCGGAGACGGACGAGGAGGACUGGCAGCGGGGAUCGCGACAACAGAGAGUGUCGUCGGUUGCCUCAUCAUGGGGCGGGCCCAAGUCCGUCACCACGGCGCCCACAGAGUACACCAACUUCCAGAGAAGCCCGACCAUGCCCGCUUCGGUCCAUGUACCGAUCGAUGUUGUUGUCGUGGUGCCCAUAUCGUCCUCAAUGCAGGGCGUUAAGAUCAACCUUGUCCGCGACGCUCUCAAGUUCAUGGUCAACACCCUCGGCGAGAGGGACAGGAUGGGUCUCGUCACCUUCGGGUCUGGCGGCGGCGGCGUGCCUAUUGUAGGCAUGACCACCAAAGCCUGGCCCGGCUGGAGCAACGUCCUAUCCUCCAUCAAGCCGGUCGGUCAGAAGAGCCACCGCGCCGAUGUCGUCGAGGGCGCGAAUGUCGCCAUGGACUUGCUCAUGCAGCGCAAGUACAACAACCCAAUCGCUACUAUUAUGCUCAUCAGCGACGCCUCGACCUCCGAUGCCGACAGCGUCGACUUUGUGGUGUCUCGAGCCGAAGCAGCCAAAAUCACCAUCCACUCGUUCGGUCUCGGCAUGACUCACAAGCCAGACACGAUGAUUGAGCUGUUCACCCGCACCAAGGCAUCCUAUACAUACGUCAAGGACUGGAUGAUGCUCCGCGAAUGUCUCGCUGGUUGUCUCGGCGCCAUGCAGACGCUGUCUCACCAGAACGUCAAGCUCAAGCUAAAGCUGCCCGAAGGAUCGCCGGCCAAGUUCCACAAGAUUAGCGGUGCCUUGCAGAUCACCAAGCGGGCGACCGGUCGCGAUGCUGAGGCCUCGCUCGGCGAUCUUAGAUUCGGCGAUAAGCGCGACGUUUUGGUGCAGCUUGUCAUCGUGCCGGACAACACAUCGCAGGAACAGCUGCCGCAGGAUCCCUGGGACAACAUCGUCUCCGGUCUGGAGGCGCUGGGCGGCGCCGUGGAUGGCGACGACCAGCGAAUUACGUCUGUAGAGGAGGUCCCUCUGAUCCAGGCGGACCUCACGUGGGGAGACAUACUGCGUGACGGCACGCUGUCGCAUCUCCCCCGCCCUUCUCUGCUCGCCAUUACCAUGCUUCCCCCCGCGGCGAAGCAGAAGAACUCGUGGGCCAACUCGCCCCCGAUCCCGCCUCACCCACACAUUGUUCAGCGGCGCAUGGAGCUGUUGACAUCCGACAUGCUAACCCGCGCCCUGACCCUCGUGUCGCGCGGGCAGCACGACCGAGCGCACACCCUACUCAACGAGACUCGAUCUAUCUUGAAGGGGCUUGGCAAGGGUGGCCUCCCUCCUAUUCCUCCGCCGUCGGCGCCGCCAAACAGGUCUCUCCCAUCUACCCCGCACCUAGGGAACGAGGGUUCCCCGUCCAUCACACCCGACAGGAAGCAGACACCAUCCCCUACCCAGUCCGCCAACUCAUCGGCUGUUAAUGGAUACCCGGUGGCCGCAAUCGGGCGCAGCCGGUCCAACGAUGGCCUUGGCUUGGGCGCCGGCAUCGACGCCAACACCGUUGCUGCUCUUGACGCCGAGCUCGAGAGCAGUCUCGAGUGGAUCAGCCAUCCUGCUGUUUUUGGCCGCGACAGUCGCAAGGCUGUUCUGCAAGCUAUCGGAGUCAUCAGCUCCCAGCGCGCCUUCACCUUCCGCACACCCAUCGAGUCUCUUUGGGCGGGUCGUGUCGCGGGCGUGAAGAAGCUUACCAGCAAGAGCCGCGAGUGGCGCGACGAGGGCGGCGGGGAGGGCGGCAUCAUGGAGGAGGCUUAG